AUGAAGCAUAGACCGCAUUUGAAACAGCAGAAUAAGCAUUUUAAAAAGAUAAAGAACCAUAAGAAGAAUAAUAAGAAUGCGAAAAAUUUGCAAAAGAAGAAAACAAAAAAUGUAGUCCAAAAGUACAGCAGUAUAUUGCAUCGGGCAUUUCAGUCUCAUAAUAGCAAAGUGAACAACAUAAAGAAUGAACUCGAGGAAAAAUCAAAAUAUAUACCUUUCUAUAACAGCUUAAAUAUCUGCUUGUUAGGAUUCCACGAAGAUGCUGAUGUAUUGUCCUUUAAGAAAGAGUUUAUAAAAUAUUUGUGUGAAAAAAAUGGAGAUAAUGUCAUAACAGACACAAUAAAUUUGUACGAUAUAUAUACAGUACACGCAGAAAAAAAAAAAAAAAGAUCGCUUGUAAUUUACGACAUUCCAAGAGACAUUUACGGAAUUAUAGACGGAACAAAAUGUGCAGACAUUGUCUUGUGUAUAUUUAAGGAUGGGGCAAUUGAGAAUUCUUCGUUUGACGAAUUGGGUUACAAUCUUUUAUCGCUUUUAAAACUACAAGGUGUUCCAUCCGUCAUCGGGGUAGGCUAUAACACGGAUGAGAGCAGCAAACAUUCUCAAAAAUUCGUAACUAGAUAUUUCAAUUCGGAAUUUACCCAACAUGAUAAAAUAUUUUUCAUCAACAGUAAUAGUGGGGGCACCGACGGAUUAAGCAAGAAUGGAGAUUUUUACAAACUGUACAGCGAAAUUAUGAAUAUGAAAAUACGAAACGUUUCUUAUCGGGAGGGCAGGGGUUACAUGAUGGUCAAUUCUUAUGCGUACAAUGAGCAGACGGACUCCAUAUAUUUGAAGGGGUUUGUCAAAGGGGCAGGGUUUAAUACCCAGAACCCUGUACACAUAACAAACGCGGGGGAUUACUACAUUGAUAAUAUAUACGUCAUAGAUGUGAUUACGUCGAAGAGCAAUAAUGGUGAUGAAAAAGUUGAUAGAUCUUUAAAUUUCUUCAACCAAAGUGAAGGAAUCAAUUCCAACAUGUUAAGUGACUUUCUAACAAGACAGGCAACCCCCGACUUGAACUAUUACUAUAACUGUAACAACAUUGAUUAUAAUUUUUUGCCGAUACAAAAUUGUGAAAAUAGGUGUAACAUGAAUGAUGAGGAUGACUUAGUGUGCGUACGUCCGUAUAUGGAGGAGGAGCACGUCAUGCAGUGCGAUAAUUUAAUGACGCUUAGGGAUAAUAGCAUAGCGGACGUGACCACCGACAGAGGGCCAAGUGAGGGGCUGUCAAACAGCAGGGAUGAUCAUCCUGGCGAUGGAGGCGACCUUGUGUAUAGAUUUAAUUUGGACAGUGCAUUAUCCCACGGGAGUAGUAGCCAAAAGGGGUGGCUUCACCGCGGCACAAACAGCGCUACAUGCGUGGAGCAGCCGAAUACGUUCAAUGACCUGUACGCGUCCUCCACCAACAUAAGUAGCAAUAACACAUAUAGAGGCACAGACCAAAGGUUCCAUUCGAACCUUGCGUGGGAAUAUGUGUCCAACGAGAAGCACGAAGUGGGCGAAGACUUUAUAUGUUCAUAUAACAGGAAUGAAACUUUGAACGCUAGAAAAUAUUUCCUGGAGAGUAAUCAAACGUGUAAGAAAGAGGAAUAUAAUUUAAAAAAUGGUGAGGAAUCACGGGCAAGUAGCUCCCCUGAGGAUAGCGACGAGGACGAUGAUGAUGACGAACAAGAGGAAAAUGUCCCCACGAAUGCAGCGACGAAUAGUGCUACGAAUGAAGACGACAUCGAAAGGGACUCCAACCAUUCCGACCACGUCUACCUGUGCAAAAAUAUAAGUGCAAAGGAAAGAUUUAAAAAGUACAGAAUUCUUCAGAGCUUCAAGUCGUCCUACAUAGACGUGUAUGAAGAUUUACCAGUGGCAUAUUCACGCAUUUACGAUUAUGAAAAUUACGAAAAUUUAAGUAAAUAUUCAAAGAAAAAAUUUUUGGAAAAUUCUAAAAUUGUAAAUGGUGAAUUUACCAUAACGGAUGCUUACUGCUUAUUUGUUAUAAAAAAUGAUGGUAAAUUGCUGCACGUAAUAAAUGAAAUAAGGAAGAAGAAUUUGCCGAUUGUCGUUUCAAGUUUGUUGCCCUAUGAGAGAAAGGUGACCGUCGUCAAUAUGGAGGUGGAACGAAUGGCAUCAUAUUCUGAACAAGUGGAGUCAAAGGAGGUAUUCGAAAUUGUGUGCGGAUUUAGGCAUUUUAUGGGUUGCCCUAUUUUUAGUGAACAAAUUAUUAAGGGAAUACAAUCCAAGGGUAAAUAUGAGAAGCAUUUGAAGCAUGGCAAGAAAUAUGUAGCUUCCAUAUUUGGUUUCACAACAGUAACAAAUGCCCCCGUUUUCUUGAUAAAGAGGAUUACUUCAUGGGGGGAUGCAAACAAUACGUAUUCUUUAGCAGCACAGGGGGGUGCAUCUGAUAUGGGAUUAAUUGGGCUGAAUGGGGGUAAUACGAUGCAGCUGGAAGGAUACCACUACAAUGGAGAACAACCUAAUGUUACUCACAGUUCUGGUGAUGCAUAUGCUAAUUAUGGCACCGAUUGUGUGAAUACCACCUCCGUCAUUGUUGCACAUGGAAAAGUUGUCAAUUGUGACUGCAAGAGGAUAAUUAUGAAGAGAAUAAGCCUAUGUGGAGAUAUUUUUAAAAUUCAUAAAAAAAAAGCAGUCAUUCGAAAUAUGUUUUAUAGGCCCGAGGACAUAAAUUAUUUUAAACCUGCCCAGUUACAUACAAAAUUUGGGUUGACUGGAAAAAUACUGGAAUCAUUGGGUACCCAUGGAAAAAUGAAAUGCCUCUUUAGUAAUGUCUUAAAGCAGCACGAUAAAGUUUUUAUCCUUUUGUACAAACGAGUUUAUCCGAUGUGGUUUCCCCCCACGUGGGGCGGUGACCUUGACUUGGGCCCCGAUGAUAAGCCCGUGCAGCGCAAGCUAAAGGGGUGA